CUCCGGAUGUUGUUAGGUGAGGAGGCAAAAAUAACUCUGGCAGGAGUUUAAGUGUGGCCAAGCCCCCCCAUUGCAGCUGGCUCCGUCAGUCCAAGGCCAAAACAAGAUGGCGGAACUCAGGAGCUGGUGUUUCAUUUUAGCAGUGUUUGCUGCCAGCUUGUAUGGGAUCAGUGCAGAAAUCAAAUUUACCACUCCUGUGGGGAGGCUGUUUACAUACGAGGUGAUGAGAGAGAAAUUCCAGAAUGACUUUGAGACCUCAUCAAAACUCUACACUGGGGUUCUACACGAUGACCCCAUGGUUUUUAAGUGCAAGAAGCAGGGGUUUCCUGACCUCCCCGAGUGGCUGCGCUUCAUCCAAAGGCAUCCCUUUGAUAAUGGCUUCCUGUACGGCACGCCAAUGUCUCCAGGAAAAUAUUUCAUUGAGAUUUAUGCAAUCAACAAAAUCAGCUAUGAUGCAGCCAGAGAGCUUCUUGUCAUCAAAGUUAUUCCAGAAAAGUUGCUGCCCUAUCAAGCAGAGUUCUUCAUCCAGCUGAGAGAAGUUGAGAAGGUGCUGCCCUCUUCUGUUCAAAUUGAGAUAAAGCAGGAUCUGCAGAAGCUGUGGAACAAUGAGGCCUUGGAAAUGAUCAACAUAAGCAAUGCCCUGGAUCGUGGAGGCAGAGUUCCUCUGCCUCUUGCAGGACAUUAUGAGGGGGUGUAUGUAAAGGUGGGGUCCAAGAAGUACUUCUCCAAGUGUUUGCAGAGGGUGAUGUCACCAGAGUACCAAAGGGAGUGUGCAACGGAGGCUAAAGUGAAGAUACCUGGAGAAUGCACCUUCUGCAAAAUCCCCAGUAACUGCAUCACCUGGUGCAAGACGGAGCUGGUGAGGCGUCCUGCUUCACAACGAUUUCACCAUCAUGCAUAUCCACACUCAUUAUCUUAUUUUGCCAUGAAGAGCAAUGUCCCACACCAUGAAUCUCCCACUGCCAUGUUUUGUUGUGGCGGGGCUUUGAUCAGGGAUGUUUACAGUCAUAGUUUUUCCUCUAUCCACAUUCAGCUGUACCACCACCAAACCAUCCAUGGGAACACUGAGGAGCUGCGCAGCAUGGCCUCCCAGCGGGGGGUCCCCGCUCCUCUGUCCACGCUGCCCAUGUUCAACAGCCGAACCGGAGAGAGGGCUUCACCGCUGCAGUCAGACAGCAUCCCUCUCAUCAUGGCCCAACAGGAACCCUACAGCGACACGCUGCCCAGGAAGUGAAAUGCUGAUGGCGAAGAUCAGUUUUGCUGCAUGUACGUUUUCAGUGCCGUGAACCAAACGACCGGUUUGACAAUUUAUUCCUUGCUUUUCUUAACUGUUUGUGCUUUCGCUACCACCUUUUAGCCCCUACUGUUUUCUGCAGUUCAAAACGUAUUCCUGAAACUUUAAUCCAUUCUUUUGCUGUAAUCACAUAUUAUUUUCAGCAUGGUUGUUAGAUGAUUCCUUCCUAUGUAACACAUGAUGCAUACUCUUUCAAAUUGGGUAAAGCAAUGCAUAUCUACCAAUAAAUGAUUCAUCUAUGCAAAAGGAUUCUUUUGAUUGCUUAAAAACAAAUAAGAUGUUUUGUUUAAGGGGCGGCAUGGUGGAGAGUGCUG